UCUUCUCAAGAAUGCGUUAGCGUCUUUGUCUGCACACAAAGCAAAAGCAGAGAGACAGGUUUGUAAAUCCCCCAAAACUCUAUUCUCUGUACUAUCGAUUCUCCCGGCGAUCUGGUGAGUUAGAUAGAGAUUCACGAUGGGUACUAGUAUGUCAGACAGCCCUCUGUCUCUUUCUUCUUCCUCUCCUCCUUGCAACAGUCGCUCCACUUUCUCCACUCGCAUAUUCUCUGAUGUUGCGGGUGAUAUCAUUGUUGUUGUCGAUGGAGAAUCAUUUCUACUUCACAAGUUUCCGUUAGUAGCUAGGAGUGGAAAGAUGAGGAAGAUGGUGAGAGAUCUUAAGGACUCUUCAUCUAUGAUUGAGCUCAGAGAUUUCCCAGGUGGACCUCCGACGUUUGAACUCACCAUGAAAUUUUGCUACGGCAUUAAUUUCGAGAUCACAGCCUCCAACGUGGUCGCUCUUCGUUGCGCUGCUGGUUAUCUCGAGAUGACUGAGGACUAUAAAGAAAAGAACUUGAUCUUUCGAGCCGAGAAUUACCUCGACCAGAUCGUUUUUCGCAGUUUCCAUGAAUCUGUCCUAGUACUUUGCUCCUGCCAGACGCAAGAGAUUGCUGAAACAUAUGAAGUUCCUGACCGGUGCGUGGAGGCCAUUGCUAUGAAUGCUUGCAGAAAGCAGUUAGUAUCAUGUUUGUCAGAGGAGCUCAAGGGGAGAGAUUGUCUUGAGUUGUGGACUGAAGAGCUCUCUGCUCUCGGGAUUGAUUACUACUCCCGAGUUGUAUUUGAGAUGGCGAGAUUAGGCGUGCGUUCAGAGAGUAUCGUCGCUUCUCUGGUGCAUUACGCUAAAACAUCAUUAAAGGGUAUCAUCAAUCCAAACUGUCAGGAGCAGAGGAAAAUCAUUGAAACCAUGGUUACCCUUUUGCCGAAUGACGAAAAAGGAUCUUAUUCUUUACCAAUUAUUCCUCUCAGUUUCCUCUUCGGAAUGCUUAAGGUCGGAACUAUAAUAGAUAUAGAGAUCUCUUGCAGGCUGGAGCUCGAACGCAGAAUCGGGCACCAGUUAGAGACUGUAUCUCUCGACGAUCUGCUAAUACCUUCUGUCCAAAACGAAGAUUCAAUGUACGAUGUGAAUACUGUCCACAGGAUACUCACAUGCUUUCUUGAGAGGAUUGAGGAGGAAGAUGAAGAAUGUGGUUACGAUUCGGAUGCCACGGGACAGCACAGUUCAUUGCUGAAAGUGGGACGGAUCAUGGAUGCUUACUUGGCAGAGAUCGCACCGGAUCCAUACCUGAGUCUACUCAAGUUCACGGCCAUUAUAGAGACAUUACCCGAACACUCACGUAUCAUAGACGAUGGGAUCUACAGAGCCAUUGAUAUGUAUCUCAAGGCUCAUCCAUUAUUGACAGAAGAAGAAUGCAAGAAGCUAUGCAAAUUCAUUGACUGUAAGAAACUUUCACAAGAAGCAAGCAACCACGUGGCACAAAACGAUCGGCUUCCUGUACAAAUGGUGGUUCGAGUGCUUUACACAGAACAGUUGCGACUGAAGAAAGCUCUGUCAGGAGAUUCGGAAGAAGGGUCGUGGGUUUUUUCGUCUGGAGUACGAAGCCGAGCGGUUUCGCCAAGAGACACGUAUGCAUCGUUGAGGAGAGAAAACAGAGAGCUGAAGCUGGAGAUAUCGAGGAUGAGAGUGAGAGUGAGUGAGUUAGAGAAAGAACAUAAUUUGAUGAAACAUGAGAUGAUGGAGAAAUCUGGUAAUAAUGGUGGAACCUUCUUGACGUCACUAUCCAAAGGAAUUGGAAGGAUUGCGAUCUUCGGUGGAGAAAACCGGCAAAAGGUUAACCGGAAAUCAAGGAAUCUCAGAGAAUCUCUUGCCGGUGGGAGGAAUAUUCCGGCGAUCUCUCAGUUUCGCAGAGGCAAUAACAACAAUAUCUCUCAAAAUGGCUUCUCUAGAGAUUCCGAUGAGAAUCUAGAUCUCUUCUCUAAGAUCCGUCGCUCAUUCCCAUUGGCUUCCUCCGACGAAUUACCCGACGUUUCUGCAAAACUCGGGAGACUCUCUGUUGGAUCCAAAAUAGCUCCCAAAGGUAAAGGUGAUGAUCUAUUGUCUUCAGGUGAAGGAGGAAAAAAUGACUAUGAUUGGCUUCUUACACCUCCUGGAACACCUCUUGGAACCGACUCUCAUUCAUCUUUGGCAGCUCCAAAGAUUGCAUCCUCCGCUAGAGCCAGUUCUGCUUCAAAGGCUUCAAGGCUUUCAGUUUCGCAGUCAGAGAGCAGUUACCAUUCCUCCCGUCCGGCUAGAAGUAGCUCUGUGACUCGCCCAUCCAUCUCCACCUCACAAUACAGCUCCUUUACUUCAGGCCGUUCACCAUCUUCCGUCCUCAACACUAGUUCAGCUUCAGUCUCAUCCUACAUCAGACCAUCAUCCCCGAGUUCCCGUUCGUCAUCUUCAGCUAGACCUUCCACUCCCACCCGUACUUCUUCGGUAUCACGCUCCUCAACCCCGUCGAGAAUCCGUCCAGGGUCAUCUAGUUCAUCCGUGGACAAGACCAGACCGUCCCUGAGCUCAAGACCAUCGACUCCAACUUCUAGACCACAGAUCUCAGCAAACUCCCCAAAUAUAAUUUCUUCUAGACCAAAUUCUCGUCCUUCAACCCCUACCCGUCGAAGCCCAUCCACCUCAGUGUCUGCAACAUCAGGAUCCAAUAUUUCAGGUGGACGUGCUGGAUCAAAUGGUCGUACUGCACCUUCAUUGUCUAGGCCAAGCUCUCCUGGACCUAGAGUUAGAACCACCCAGCAACAGCCAAUUGUGCUAGCAGACUUCCCUCUUAAUACACCACCUAAUCUCAGAACAUCUCUCCAAGACAGACCAAUAUCAGCUGGCAGGUCCAGGCCAGUCGCUGGUAGCAGCAUGGCAAAGACAAGUCCAGAACCCAAAGGUCCCAUCACAAGAAGGAAUUCAUCUCCUAUCGUGACGAGAGGAAGACUUGCUGAGACCCAAGGAAAAGGCCGUUUUGGUGGUAAUGGACAGCACCUCACAGAUGCACCAGAGCCCCGGAGGAUUUCAAACGUUUCUGAUAUAACUUCACGGAGAACCGUGAAGACCUCGACAACUGUCACGGACAAUAAUAACGGACUUGGGAGGUCAUUCUCAAAAAGCUCACUCGAUAUGGCCAUUAGACACAUGGACAUAAGAAACGGGAAGACUAAUGGUUGCGCACUAUCAACCACAACGCUAUUCCCUCAGAGCAUCAGACCAGCCUCAUCCAAGAUCCAGCCAAUCCGUUCUGGGAAUAAUCAUUCGGAUUCUAUCAGCAGCAACGGCACAGAGAACGGGAAUGAAGUAAAUGAGGGUAGAAGACUUAUGGGGAAGCUGUGCGACAUGGACAUGUAUGAGAGCUCAAGGUAUGAUGCAUUGUUGCUGAAAGAGGACGUCAAAAACACGAACUGGUUACAUAGCAUCGAUGACCGGUCGUCUGAUCACGGACUCAUAUUUGACAAUGGAGGCUUUGAGCUACUUCCCGAGCCCUUUGCCCCACUAUAACACACACACACACACACACACCAGAAGUAAACAACUUUUUUUCUU